AUGGCACAAAAGACAUCGAAUGGUAUGACAUUGUUGGAUUGUUCAAAGGCUGCCAUUGAACACUUUAUAAAGAUAAGAUCAAAGGAUAGUUCAAUAAGGAAUGAUCGAUUCUUCUUGAUAACGACUGAAGAAUCGAACCAUGCGAUAAAGAGUGGAUGGCGCGACCCUUACACAUCGUUCCUUGGCGAGUUGAAGAACCUGAGCGCAUGCGACCUCUCCAAUCUGCCCGCCUCACUAUCGCGUGCAUUCGACUUGCUCAAUCAGUUCCGUCUGCAUCAGAUGAUCGACAACUAUGGCAUGGGUCGCAACCCCUGGUUCGUCGACCCAUCCGUCGUCAUCCUGCUCACCGACGGCAGCUGCAUGACCACACAAGCGUCAAACUACGCCGCAGGCGUCGUCGACACCUUCUCGCUGCCACGCUCUCAAUUGCCCGGUUCAGAGAUGACCCACGAGCCCUAUCGUUGGGACCAGCGUCUCUACUCAAUCAUGAUGCGAUUCGCUGGUGUCGCCAGUGGACUGCCGCCAAGCCAACCUUCUCAGCAACAGACAGAGACCAUGGCGUCCACGUGUGAUGCGACUGGUGGCAAGUUACAGGUCGCCACCAAUAUGAAACAGAUGAUACUACAGAUCGAGUCACUGAUUCAGCGUCUACAGAGUGGUGUGGUAGUCUCACUCGAAGCCAUCCCUCAGCCAUCUCUCCCACACGUGCCUCCACCAUCACUUCACAAGAUGAUCUAUGUACGCACGGGUCAGGUAGGCUUCUGGCCGAUACCAGAGGCUUACUAUCCAGACUUGCACACUAGCUCAUUGCCACAACGUAAUUCACAUCCAAUCAUAAGGUAUUCCUUAACUGACAAGGAUCCGAGCAUCCCAGAGAACUUCCCAUUCGACAAGUAUGAAGUUGAAGUAUGCCCAGCCACUCAAUACCUCAUCUCUGCAAAGGUCAACUGUGCACAAACAUUUGUAUAUAAUAGCCAAUCGAUAUCUGGACAAGGCGAACCAUUUGGAUACCUGAGACCAAGCUCAAAUGGACAGACGGUGAACUUGUUCGUCUUCCCAUAUAACUAUCCGAGACUGUGGACACUGUUGGAUGAGCUGGUCAAUCAGUUGAAGUUGUCACCGUCGCCCAAGUGGAAGCAGGAGUUUGAGAGCUACCUGCUAUCUAUCCCACCCUACUACAUCAUGCCGAUGAGGAAUGCCCUGAAGCGAUUCUGUACAUUAAACCUGGUGCCCGACAACAUCGACAUGCAGUUCACCAACUACAUGGGCAAUAUUGCCAAGCGACUCAAGGCUUUGUCCGUCCAGAUCCAAGCAAAGGAUGCUGAGCGACAGCAACAGCAGCAACAACAACAGCAACAGCAACAACAACCUCCGCCAAUCACAGGAAAGCAACCACCUCAACAGCGACCACAACAACAACAACAGCAGCAACAACAACAACAACAGAAGAUGGUACAAUCACAGCCACCCCCUCCCAAGGUGGAGCUGACCGGACAGAGUGUCGUGUCGUCCUACAGCAGUAGGACGUUCUUUAGCAAUAGGAGUGUACACAAGAUAUUGGAGAGUAGUGGAUCGGAUGCAUUGGCACCAAUGGGCGACGCGGACGACGACACAAACGCCGAGCAGUUUGAGGACUCGUUCCAAUCGACCAACUCCUCAUCAUUUAGUCAAGCCACCAAUGUACUACAUCGCAACGUGUUUGAUAUUCAAAAGAAUCAGCUGCUGGGCCAGCUGGACAGGAUGCGACACCAUCUGUUCAAGAAGCGCCAUGACGACGAGGAGGCCAAGUACCAUGUGCCCAUCAGUCAAAUGGGCAACUAUCACGAGACAUUGAACAAGCGAGAGACAUUGCGAGACAUUGAUGAAGACAAGAAGCCCAAUCAUCCACUGUUUGGCAAUCCGUAUCGCAAGGACAAGGGCACACGUCUUGACGUGUCAAUCGACGAGGCAGAGAUGGACAGUGACCUAGAGUCAGCGAUAAAGCGAGGCAACCAGCCACCCAAACGAAGGAGAACUUCCAAGCUUGCCGCGCCCUUCAAGCUGGGUGCCAAGGUGGCAGCCCCUCCCUCGCCAUCGUCCACAUCGACCACUCCAUCUACCGUGAGCUCGCCUCCUCCAUCAACAAGUGCACCAGUGGUCACAUCCCCGCCACAGUCUGCACCACAUACUCCUACGCCUCCAUCACCCUCGUCGUCAGUUAGCACUCCACCAUCAACUCCGCCACCAUCAACAGGACCAGUCUCAGCUGCUGCAGUUCCUACAUCUCCUCCAGUCUCUCCAACACAACACUCACUCUCACCACCAAUGCAGUUCCCGCUGCCAUUCCCCUCGACUCCACCACUCAAAGCCACCACCCCUGCAUCAUCAUCGUCAGCAACCUCUUCAUCUUCAUCAUCAUCGACCAGCAAUACAUCACAACCAACAACACAACAACAACACAGUACACCUCCACCUCCAAUAUCCAUACCAAACUUCAUACAGUCUGGACCAUCCACACUUAUACCAUCACCAUCGAUGUCAACGUCCAUGUCCUCAUGGCCACUAGCGUCAUCACAAGCUCCACGCAUGGCACAAGAGUCAACUCCAGCAUCCUCCACUCCAGUCACAGUAAAGAGUAGUAGCGCAGCAUCAGUCCCAUCAUCACCAUCCACUCUACAAUCACAACAACAACAACAUCAACAACAUAAUCAACAACAAUCGUUACAAUCCAAUGACAAGUUGGUAUCGAAUAUCAAACGUGAGAUAAGAAGACCAACUAGGAACAAUGUGGAUGUAAUCAUGGAGAUGAUUAGACAACUAAAUGGAUCACGACCUGAAGUCAACAACGUGGUACAACGUAGCAUCAAACCUUUGGCACAGGAGUACAAGAAGUAUGCGCUCAUACUCCAACUGGAAGCACUACUAGACAAGCCCUACCAGUAG